ACCCGCACCCCCACACCGCCACCCCGGCCUGAUCCCCCGGCCUGUCCCGGCCCCGCGACCCCCGGCCUGAGCCUCGCUGCGGGCUGGCGGCGACAGGCAGUGCUGGGGAACCCUCAGCCCUGCUCCUCGCUGGCACUGCCCAUCCUGCGGCCCUGCGAAGUCCCCAGGACACUCCUGCAGCCUCCCGGGCAGGGUAGGGAUCCUGCGGCACCUGGCUGCAGUGCAGCCUUGUGCGGCCGCGGGCAGCGGCGACAGGCAGCAGCCAGCGCGGCCCCGUGCUCCCACGCCACGGCGCAGGGGGGGAGUCUCUCCUCCUUUGUCUGCUCCCGGCCAGGCAGCAGCCGGUGCGCGGCAGCGCCGGAGCAGCCGGGGAAGGGCCUCGGCAGGAACCACGGAGGACGGCGGCCGCGGUCCCCUCUGCCCCGGCACAGCCACCGGCCCGGCCUCGCCGCGCUGGGAACGAGCAGCGAUCCCGGGGGAGCCAAGCUCUUCAUGACGGGAGCCCGACCAGGCAGCGGGGACGGCAGCUGCGCCCGGGGACGGGGAGGACGGCAGCAUUGGGAACAAGGACACCCGCGCUCCGUCCCCACCCCCGGCGCCCGCCGUCGGCCAUGGGGAACGGCAUGAGCCAGAUCCUUCCUGGCCUCUACCUUGGGAACUUCGUUGAUGCCAAAGACCUGGAGCAGCUAAGCAGGAACAAGAUCACUCACAUUGUUUCGAUCCAUGAAUCCCCCCAGCCCUUGCUGAAGGACAUUACCUACCUCCGCAUCCCCCUGCCUGACACCCCUGAAGCCAACAUCAAGAGGCACUUCAAGGAAUGCAUCAGUUUUAUCCAUCAGUGUCGUCUGCAUGGAGGGAACUGCCUCGUCCACUGCCUUGCUGGCAUCUCCCGCAGUACCACCGUGGUCGUUGCCUACGUCAUGGUUGUCACGGAGCUGAGCUGCCAGGAGGUGCUGGAUGCCAUCCGAACCAUCCGGCCCGUCGCCAACCCCAACCCCGGCUUCAGGCAGCAGCUGUCGGAGUUCAGCGGCAGCGCAGCCCGCAAGGUCCGCAGGCACCUGAAGCAGAAGUAUGGGCUGUCCCCUUUCAAUGACGAGGAAGAAAUAAAGGCCUUGCUGCCAGUAGGGAGAGAAGGAACGUCCAGAACAGAGGGAGCUGUGCAAGGACUGGUCCCAAGAGCCAGAGACAUGAGGAGCACAAGUCCCUUCCUGCUGCGGGUGAAGAGGACGUUCUCCUGCAUCCCGGCUUGUCUGAAAGCGGUUUUCCCACCAGCAGCACAAGCUUCCAGCGUCCAGGUGGCUGAAGAGCAGGGACACACCAGUGUGCCAGCAGGAAAAGUGGAGCAGAGAAAAAAAUUUAAGAACCUCUCCCCUCGCCUUGGGGCAGCCAGAACAUGCGGCGUGCGCCAAGAAAGGGAAAGUGAAAGCCGGAGCCGCUUUCGGUUUCGCCGCCGGGCCGCGAUGGCGGAGCCGGGGGCGCCCAUGCGGCUGAAGGAGUGGCUGAUCGCGCAGAUCGACAGCGGCCGGUACCCGGGGCUGCGCUGGGAGAACCGGCACCGAACGCUCUUCCGCAUCCCCUGGAAGCACGCGGCCAAGCAGGACUACCGGCAGCAGGAGGAUGCUGCGCUCUUCAAGGCUUGGGCCAUCUACAAGGGGAAGUACCACGAAGGGACGGACAAGGCCGACCCCUCCACCUGGAAAACGCGGCUGCGCUGCGCCCUCAACAAGAGCACCGACUUCCAGGAGGUGCCCGAGCGGAGCCAGCUGGACAUCUCCGAGCCUUACAAGGUGUACCAGAUCGUGACUGACAGAGCCGGUGAUGCAGAGGACAGUGACACACAGUCCCCAGGCAGUAAGGACCAGCAGGGCAGCACUGCAGGGAGUCCAAAGAAGGAGGAAAGCCAGAAGGACAUGCUGGAGAGUGUCCAUGUGUCUCCACAGCCCCGGGUCUCUGGCCACCCAACCGAGCGAGGGUGCCUUGUGAAGGGAGUCUUCUAUGGCUGGAGCCCAACCCAUGGCCAGUUUCUGCCCGGACCCCAGUCCUACCUCCCUGUGGAGGAUGUCAACAGUUCAGACUGCUGGCUCCACAUCCGCCUGUACUACUGCGACGUGCUGGUGAAGGAGGUGACCACCCGCACGGCCGAGGGCUGCCGCAUCACCACCAGCACCGUGCCGGCCGACAGCGAGCACCUCUACGGCCCCUCCUGCAUGGAGCAGAUAAAAUUCCCCCCACCGCAGGUGCUCAGCAGCCACGGCCGCGUGGCCUGCAUGACCAACGUGCUGGAGCGGCUCUUGCCCCAUCUGGAGCGCGGGGUGUUGCUGUGGGUAGCACCUGAGGGGGUCUUCAUGAAGCGCCAGUGCCAGGGCAGGGUGUACUGGAAUGGGCCACUGGCCCCGCACAAGAACUGGCCCAACAAGCUGGAGAGGGAGAAGACUUACAAGCUGCUGGACACACAGCAGUACAUACAGCAGGUGCGGGAGUACCUGAGCAACGGGCAGCUCCUGCCUCAGUACCAGAUCUACCUGUGCUUCGGGGAGGAAUACCCCACCAGAGCUGGGCAUCCCUUCCAGAAGCUCAUCAUGGCUCACGUGGAGCCGGUGUUUGCUCGGGAGCUCUUCCAUCAUGCCCAACGCUUGAGGCCGACGCUGCUCUGCAAUUCCCCCCAGCCCUGUGCCCCUGGCACCUCCAGCCACGUUUUCCAUGUCCUCAAACAGCUCUGCCAGCCCUGAACUGGGGGGGAGAGGUGACCCCAGUUGCCAUAAAGUUUCAGAGUGGGAGGCUCUGAGCCCUAUGGCUCCAUUCCAGCUGCAUGUCCCAAAGCAGAGUGCUCAAUGUGCGGGACCAGACAAGGACGGAUGUUAGCUGGGUGGGCAGGUGCUGCUGCCCCUGUCAUUGCUGUAUUUAUUCCCCAGGAGUCUGCCAGUGGGGUUUGUUGUGUGCCUAUUCAGCAAUCCAGGGCAGACCUGGCCCUGUCCUUGCACCUUGUGCUGCCAGGACUCGCCGUUGCAAACCUUAGAAAUAAAGGUUGUGUUUUCA